AGAGCCAACCCUUGAAAAUCGAAAUAGCUUAUAUUAUUUCAUAAGUAAAUAUUUUAAACCCUAGGCUAGUUUACGCUCAACUUCACUUCCAUUCAUUCAACUUAACUUAUGGCUGAAUUUUUGCAAAACCUACCCCAACCCCAGCUCCCAACUCCGACCCUGGCUGCGGCUGCCGAUCCUUCUCAACCUCUGCCCCAAUCAGAGCCUCCUGUUCCUUCUCAAGUUGUGGCUGCGGCUACAGUGGCUCCGGCUCCGGCUCCGGCUCUGGCUCAGUCAGUGGCUCCCGUUCAUUCUCAAACCUUGGCUCCAGUUGCUGCUCAAUCUUUGGCUCCGGCUCCGGCUCCGGCUCCGGCUACUGCGCAAUCUUUGGCUCCGGCUCAGGCUCAGGAAUCGACUCUGGUUCCUGAAUCGACUCCGGCUCCGGUUGCCUCCCCUCCUAAUCGCAUUGCAGGACCCUUGAUGCACAAGAACCGGUUGCAAGAAUAUGCGCAAAGAUCCGGUAUACAACUCCCAGUUUAUCAAACUGUCAGUGAAGGAGGAUAUUCUCAUGCUCCACAGUUUAGGUCAACUGUAUUUGUGGAUGGUGAAACUUAUACAUCCCCUAACACCUUCUCUCAUCGAAAAGCAGCUGAGCAGGAUGCUGCCAAGUUUGCUUUAGAGAAUAUAGUAAAGAAAGUAAAGGAUCAAGGAUGUCCUCUCAUUACUGGGGAUACGAUAUUCUGCAAACUUAUCUUGAAUGAAUUUGCAAUGAAGAGGAAUUUAGAAAAGCCUACUUAUAGUACUGAUCGGCCAGAAGGUUUGCUUCCGGUUUUUGUAUCCUCUGUGGUUUUUGAUGGUGCUACUUAUACUGGAGAACCUGGUAAAAACAAGAAAGAAGCUGAACAAUUGGCAGCACGAGCUGCUAUCAGCUCACUAUUGGGUAAUUCUGGGUCUGCAACUUCACUUUCUGAGCUCAUAAAGUCCAAAGGCAAACUAUAUGCCGCAAUGCGUAAAAUCAAGGAGGCUAAUGAUGGCCCUCAAGAUAUGGGGGUAAACACAAGACAGAAUUCGGAAAUUUCGGUCAAUAAUGUGGUUGAAGCUGCUACAACUGGUAAUUUGCCAAUGAUUGCCACUCCAACGGCGGCAAGCUCAGGAAUGCAUCUGCCGCACCAUCAUUUUAGGAUACCAAAACCAGAGCAAUCCUUUGAAACAGUGAAUUUUCCAAUUCAAUUUGUGCCUCCAGCUUUAGGACAGCCUUUGGGAGUUUCUUCAAGCUCUUCAAACAAGCGACGUAAAAACAAAAAGAAGGCUAACAAGAAAUUAUGCACAGAUGCUCAGUUGUUGAAUGCUGAUCAGGCUUCGAGUCGAGCCUCAUCUUGUCCGGUAGCCCAGCCAUUGAGUCAAGCUCCAUCCUGUUCUGUAGCCCAGUGAACAGUCAAACUGCAUUAAGUAUGUAUUUAUUAGGUGUAGCUCAAAUUUGAAUCUUGGGUCUUCUUGAACUGUUGACUCUACCCUGUAAAAAUACCCUUGGUAUUGUGGCAGUGCUAUAUAGAAGAUCGUUUACUAA